AUGCCAAGUGCCAAACGAAAGAUGCAAUCACUACUAGAAAGGGGCCGGUCAUUCCUAACACCUACCGGAUCAUCAGCAAACUUCCAAGGCACAGCAGGAUUCACAAAGGCAUCUACAGAGACUGCACUAUUCCCCAAGCCAGAUCCAGCGGUUGAUGGAGAAGAGUGCCUACACGACUGCUCGUCAUGCAGUGUACACUAUCCUGCCAAGUUCAGUAUCGACGAAGAUGACAAGUUAUACGGCCACGUCAAUGGCUGGGAUACGCAUCUUAUUGUCGGCACCGGCAAGACAGACUGGGUCCGCGAUGUCGCUGAUGAGAAGGGUAGCGUGAUGCAAGCUGUUGGGAAGCACGGCCAGGAGAUCGAAAUGUCGAAUGGUCGAGGCAAAGGCAAGAUGAUGCUCUCGGCUUCCAACAUGCCUUCUGGCGGAGAGCACGGUGAUUGCGACAUUGAGACUGGAUCCGACUGCAUGCUUCUUCCUUCGUGGACGUUUAUCGAGAAAGUCAGACCAGAGCAGGUUCCUGCGCUCAUGUCUACGAUCGUGGCUACAUCCGCCUCAAAUCGCACAUUACUAUCUUCUAGCAGCAUCGCCAACGACUCCACAACUACACCCGAAACAUAUGAUUCAGCAGCUGACACGCCUAACGGUAAUGGCUCCUCAACACCAGUCGAGCUACCCACCCCAACCGCCCAACCCGUUCUCAAAAUGCCCCAAUUCACAACCCGCCCAAUCCCUCAUCGCGCCUUGAUCCUCAUGUGCAGCCACAAAACCCGCGAUGCACGCUGCGGCCAAUCCGCCCCUCUCCUCCGCAAAGAAUUCGAACGCAUUCUCCGACCAAUGGGCCUACACCGCGACCUGCACGACGCCCGGCCUGGCGGGGUAGGGAUCUACUUUAUCAAUCACGUCGGCGGACACAAGUACAGUGCCAACAUCAUGGUGUAUCGGAGGGCGGGCAGCAAGCAGACCAAAGCCGUCACGAGUGGAGCUGGUAAUGGCAACACGGAAGAGGAAGAGACGCUGCAAGACGAGGCUGUGCAAGGGAUCUGGCUUGCAAGAGUGAAGCCGGAGGAUUGUGAGAAUAUUGUGCGGUAUACAGUGCUGCAGGGGAAGGUGGUCAAGCCGGGGACGCAGCUGAGGGGUGGGUUCGAUCGGGAGAGGGGGCUGGCUAGCUGGUAA